CUCAGUCAGGUCUGAUGAGACGCCAGGGAAGCAAAAGAAGAAUAAUCUCUUCUACUGUCCCUCGUGUGUUUAACAGGAAUCUUGAACUUCCAUUGCUUCGGAACUGCUAGAAUUUGAAGACAUAGGACAUGAAAGUUACCUAAGAGUUUACAAAGAUUAUAAAGGAUCAUCACAUUUUUGUUGGCAACAUAUUGUUUCUUCUGAGGAGUUUCGGCUGGAGCUGAAGGAACAGAAUGAAUUGUUGCUUUUUGCUGCCUUUUAUGAUGGGAAUUCCUCUCCUGUGGCCAUACCUUACAGCCACCGGAAACUCUAAAACUGAGGAAGUUAAGCACCCCGGGUGGUCUCAUUGGAGAGUGAAGCGUGAUUGGGUGUGGAACCAGUUUUUUGUACAAGAGGAAAUGAAUAGGACUAAUCAUUCCAUUGGCCAGUUGAAAUAUGGGAUAGACAAUGAAAACAAGGAUUAUCAGUACAAGCUUUUUGGUGAUGGAGCUGGAAGUGCUUUUGUCAUUGAUGAAAAAACAGGUGUCUUAUAUGCGGUACAGAAGCUUGAUCGAGAGGAACGAGAGCGCUACACUCUGAGAGCCCAGGUCAUAGACACCAUGACUGGGAGGGCGGUGGGACCCGAGUCCGAAUUUUCCAUCAGAGUCACGGACAUCAAUGACAAUGAACCGACGUUCCUAGAUGGACCGUACGAGGCCAUCGUACCAGAGAUGUCUCCAGAAGAGACGUCCAUCAUCCAGGUGACAGCAAGUGAUGCUGAUGACCCUUCCACUGGCUAUAACGCUCAUCUUGUGUACAGUUUGCUGCAAGGCCAACCGUAUUUCUCCAUUGAAGCAAAAACAGGCACUAUAAGAAUAUCUUCUAAAAUGGACAGAGAACUGCAAGAUGAGUAUUGGGUAAUUGUUCAAGCCAAAGACAAGAUCGGCCUGCCUGGGGCACUGUCAGGAACAACGAGCGUAUUAAUUAAACUUUCCGAUGUUAAUGACAAUAAGCCCAUGUUUCAAACAGGUUUAUACCGCAUGAAUGUCUCCGAAUCUGCACCCACCGGUACUUCUAUAGGAAAAGUCGUGGCCUAUGACAAUGACAUAGGAGACAAUGCAGAAAUGGAGUAUAUCAUUGAAGAUGAUUCACAAACAUUCGAUAUCAUCACUAAUCAUGAGACCCAAGAAGGAAUAGUUGUAUUAAAAAAGAAGGUGGAUUUUGAGCAGCAGAACAACUACCGUAUUAAAGCAAAAGUUAAAAACCCCCAUGUUGAUGAGCAGCUCCUGAAAUACCACGCCGAAACUUCCACCACGAUCAUUAAGGUCCAGGUGGGAGACGAAGAUGAACCCCCCGUCUUCCACCUCCCGAAUUACGUAUUUGAAAUCUCCGAAGGAAGCCCUCCGGGAUCGUCAGUGGGCAGGGUCUCUGCCAUGGAUCCAGAUCAGAAGGGAUCUCCUAUCCGGUAUUCUAUACACGUCACCGGAAGCAGCGAGUUCUGCAUCGAUGACAAUGGCACCAUCUUCACAGUCAGUCCUCUGGAUCGAGAGACCAGUGCUUGGCAAAACCUGAGCAUCGAAGCCGUGGAAGAGUACAAUGCUGAACAGAUUUCUUCCAUUCCUGUAUAUGUACAAGUUCUUAAUAUUAAUGAUAAUGCUCCCGAGUUCUCUGACAACUAUAAGACUUACGUUUGUGAAAAUGCAGACUCUGGUCAGAUAAUUCAGACCAUCAGUGCCGUGGAUAGAGAUAAAUCCAUAGAAGACCACUAUUUUUCCUUUAAUUUAUCUGUGGAGCACACACAGAACUCUAGUUUUACCCUCAUAGAUAACCAAGAUAACACAGCUGUAAUUUUGACUAAUAGAACUGGUUUUAGCCUCCAAGAAGAGCCCGUCUUCCACAUGUCCAUCCUAAUUGCCGACAAUGGACUCCCGUCACUUACAAGUACUAACACCCUUACCAUCCACGUCUGUGACUGUGGUGACAAUGGCAGUACACAGACCUGCAGUGACAGAGACUUCACAUUCUCCAUGAGGUUCCAGACAGAGAUUGUGAUUGUAGUUGCUGUUCUGAUAUGCAUUGUGAUAAUAUUUGGGCUUAUUCUUUUGAUUCUCAGUCUAAAACAACGAAGAAAACAGACUCUAUUUCCUGAGAAAGGUGAAGAUUUCAGAGAGAAUAUCUUCAGCUAUGAUGAUGAAGGGGGAGGUGAGGAUGAUACAGAGGCCUUUGACCUUGGGCAGCUGAAGAGCGGCCCAGUCCUGAGGGAACACAGGACGCGGAAGAGGACAGCUGCCGGGGAGCUCAGCAGCCUGUACAGGCAGUCUCUGCAGGUCGGCCCCGAUAACGCCAUCAUUCGGGAAUUCAUUCUGGAAAAGCUCAGAGAAGCUAACACUGACCCCUGCGCCCCUCCCUUUGACUCCCUCCAGACCUACGCUUUUGAGGGGACAGGGUCAUUAGCCGAAUCACUGAGCUCUUUAGGAUCAGCAGCCUCUGAUCGGGAUGACAAUUAUGAUUACCUUCAUGAAUUGGGACCUCGCUUUAAAAGAUUAGCAUGCAUGUUUGGUUCUACUGUGCAGUCAAAUGAUUAGGGCUGGGGAGGGGGUGUUGGAAGGCUGGGUGGAAAAGGUGAAGGGAUUAGGCAGAAAAAGGAAUCAGACACACACAGUGCUAUGCUGAUUGCCGAAAGGAAAGGGGGAGAGGGAGUGGAAGGAGGCGGGAGAGGACAAAGCGUGAAUAGUGACAGGAAGAGACUUUGGGUGGUGAGCACACAGUGCCGUGUGCAGAUGAUAUAUUGUAGAGUUGUACACUUGAAACCUGUAUAGUUUUAUUAAU